AGAAGAUAUCAUCAUGGUUCCAUGUGGACCAGCUUUGUCAUUAGCGCGAUGUUUACUUCGCAGGAAAAUUGUAACAUUGGACAGUCUUGAGGAUUCCAAACUAUGUCGCUGCCUUUCUACUGUGGACCUGAUUGCCCUGGGAGUUGGAAGCACUCUCGGUGCUGGAGUCUAUGUUCUCGCUGGAGAAGUUGCCAAGUCAAACUCUGGUCCCAGCAUUGUGGUUUCCUUCCUCAUUGCUGCACUGGCUUCUGUAAUGGCAGGUCUCUGUUAUGCUGAAUUUGGAGCACGUGUGCCAAAGACUGGCUCUGCAUACCUUUAUACAUAUGUCACUGUGGGGGAACUCUGGGCUUUUAUUACUGGCUGGAAUCUAAUUUUAUCUUAUGUUAUCGGCACUUCAAGUGUAGCAAGAGCAUGGAGUGGUACAUUUGAUGAACUUCUGGGGAAGCAGAUUGGCCAUUUUUUUAGAACCUAUUUUAGGAUGAAUUCCCCUGGCCUGGCCGAAUACCCUGAUUUUUUUGCAGUUUGCCUUAUUUUGCUUUUGUCAGGCUUGUUGUCUUUUGGGGUGAAAGAAUCUGCCUGGGUGAACAAGGUGUUCACAGCUGUCAAUGUACUUGUCCUUUUAUUUGUGAUGAUUGCGGGGUUUGUGAAAGGAGAUCUCCAGAACUGGAAGAUAUCAGAGUCAUUUCUCCAGAAUAUCUCUGCUCCACCAGGCAAUUAUGUGUCAUAUGAAAAUGUGACAAGUAUACACGGGGUCGGAGGCUUCAUGCCAUAUGGAAUGACAGGGAUGCUGGCUGGUGCUGCUACUUGCUUCUACGCUUUCGUUGGAUUUGACUGCAUUGCAACAACCGGGGAGGAAGUGCGCAAUCCACAGAAGGCAAUACCCAUUGGAAUUGUGACCUCCCUGCUGGUGUGCUUUAUGGCGUAUUUCGGAGUGUCAGCGGCUUUGACCCUAAUGAUGCCAUAUUACUUGUUAGACGAGAAGAGCCCACUGCCUGUUGCAUUUGAGUAUGUUGGCUGGGGUCCUGCUAAAUAUGUUGUGGCUGUUGGUUCUCUUUGUGCUCUCUCAACCAGUCUGCUCGGAUCCAUUUUUCCAAUGCCCCGUGUAAUCUAUGCUAUGGCGGAGGAUGGCUUGCUUUUCAAAACACUAGCUCAGAUCAGUCCCAGGACGAAGACCCCUGUAAUUGCCACCCUGUCGUCUGGUGCAGUGGCAGCCAUAAUGGCGUUUCUGUUCGACCUGAAAGCUUUGGUUGACAUGAUGUCCAUCGGAACACUCCUUGCCUAUUCUCUUGUGGCAGCCUGUGUCCUCAUUCUUCGGUAUCAGCCUGGAUUGGGAUAUGAGAAACCCAAAGGUGUUCCAGAGAAAGAAAUGUUAUCUGCAUCAGAAAGGGAAUCGAUGAUGAACGAGUCUCAAAUCAUUAUGCUGCAGGAACAAGGAUUUAGUUAUCGUUCUCUCAUGUACCCUGCCAGUGUGCCAACAGAACAGUCUGCCUCUGUGGUCAGCAUACUAGUAGGGAUAUUAGCAUGUAUUAUUUUGGCAUUAAGUGUCUUGACCACGUAUGCAGUACCAGCAAUAAACAAUAUGGAGGGAUGGAGCAUCGCUCUUCUUGUUUUAUUCCUCUUGCUCAUCUGCAUUAUUGUGUUCGUCAUCUGCAGACAACCGCAGAACCAACAUAAAGUUGCUUUCAUGGUCCCGCUCCUACCUUAUCUGCCAGUUUUUAGUGUACUGGUAAAUGUUUACUUAAUGGUACAGCUAAGUGGUGACACCUGGAUAAGAUUUAGCAUCUGGAUGGCUCUUGGCUUUGUGAUUUACUUUGCUUACGGCAUUAGAAAUAGUCUUGAAGGGAAACCUAAAACACAAAAAGAAGAUGAUGAUGAUGAUGAAGUUGAUUCAGAAAACAGUGGGCUGGAGGAGAAAAGUCCAGAAAAGGAAAAUGAGGAGGAAAAUGCCAAAGAAAGUGAUCAUUUCAUUUUACGUCAAAGGACAAGUGAAUGCUAGUGAGCAGCAAUUCUUUGAAAGGAUAGAAGUAAGAUGUCUCUUUCAUGCCGCACACUGCACCUGCAUUAAGUUAACUCGCCCAGUGUUUGAUAUUAAAAGAACUGUGUGCAAAAGGCUGGAACGAUGACAGAUCACAGUGAGAUAGAGCUCUUUUCUCUGGAUCUAUGUGUUCUACCAAAAACAACAUACUUAUAACUCUAUUUUCCAUGUCUCAGUAGAAACAUGAGAGGUGUUUUAAGGUCUUGCUGCUAAAUUGCUUUAUUUUAAGUGUACAUGUCAUACUGUGCAAGAGCUUCUCAGUGACUGAUUCAAGGGU